UUCAUUGGGCAGAAUGCGAACUCCUGUUGCAACAGCAGAGAUAUUUUUUUGCCUAUACAAUCUGAGAGACAGGGUAGGGCAAAGUGACUAUAUACUUCAACAGCUAUGAAACAGCAAGCUGGGAAAUUCUACGUCUAUGCAGUGCCUCUUCUCCUGUUCUCCUUGCAGAUGGCUGUCUUCAUUUGUGCUGAAGAUGCAGCAAAAGAGAACGCAAUCAUCACCCUCAACUCUCCUGCUACUGCUCACACAGCGGUGCUGCCCCUAGUGGUGACCACCCCUGAGCCAUGGCAUCCAUUUGUGGCUCAGAUCCCAGCCAAGGAGAAAGCCAAGGAGGGUGAAACUGUGGUCCUGAAUUGCCAAUUUCACAGUCCCUGGGGCCCAUCCCUGAGCAAGCUGACAGUAAAGUGGUACAAAGUGGAUGAAAAGGGGCAGAGGGACCUACUGGAGAACAAUGUGACUGUCUUGACAAACUACUCCAGGGCUUUCAUACAUGGGAACUUAUCCCAAGGAGAUGCCUCCCUGACUAUCCUCAAUGUGACAGCCAGUGAUCACGGCAUUUAUUUCUGCCAGGUGACGUUGUCCAGUGGGAAGGUGGUGAUGGGGAGUGGUACAAAGCUCAGGAUCAGGAGAGCACUAGGGUUGUUUGGCAUAGAAGAAUCCAUUGGAACAAUCAUCGGGGUUGUGGCAGCCGGUAUAGGAGGCUUGGUGGUUCUGAUUAUAGUUCUAACUCCUCGGUUGAGGAAGUGUCUCCUGUGCAUAAAACAAGCACCUCACCAAGGUAUGGAGGAGACAGUGAAUUCUCGGAUCAGUUACUAUAAAAAUAUGAGCUUCUCAUAAAACACAGACAACAUGUUACAUGUGUCCAAAGUACCUUUAGAACUCCUGUAGAUUUAGCCACUUAGCAGUCACAGACUGGGCAGGGAUCAUGCAAGGAACAGGAUAGCUGGACAGUCCUGGUGAAAUCCAGUGACCAAGACAGAUGUAAGUCUGUGUCUGUUUUUCAGACAAACCUACUCUGGAUGUAACAGCCUGUGUGGACACAGCACAACAUUUACCUGCAAAAAACUUGGAAGGAUUGCCUUGCCCGCAAACUCCCACACAAAGGUACACAUUGAACAGACACAGACCAUUCAAAAAUACUGAG